AUGUCUACCCAGACCCCCGGCAAAGGAUUCCCUUCCUACAGGAGGAAACAUUCUUGGCUAAUGAAUUACGAUCGUGGGUACAACUACUUAGCCCAGCUUCCAGAUGACAAUUCUAGCUCUAGCAAAGAGAUGAUGUUCGGAGGAGGAUUUGCACAGGGCAAGAACGAUGGCAUUGAAGAUCCGAGGAUCAUCACAGUUGCUGAUCUGUCUCUAUAUAUUGACAUUCAUCUUUGCGAUGCUUUAGGUGCAAUAUAUGGAAACAGAAACUGCACGUGGGGAAGAGUGGAUGGCCAAGUUAUAAAAGAUUUCGUGGACAGGUACUACGGGGUUCAGCUCUGAUGGCAUGCCAGGAAUCGGAAGACUGCCGCCUUCGUUGAUACAUCUGGAAGAUGGCCAAGAAGAUAAUAAGAUAUACGGAGGAACAGAGUAGUUUUCAGCCACUUUUUCAGACGAUGGUAUGGUGAACGCCUGGCUAUGCGGCCAAGUUCUCAGGACGAUGAUUUUGACAUAUGAUGGUAGGAUUGGAAAAGAUAAAUCUUCGGAAAACUUAGACUGGUUUCCUGAGCAGAUGCGCGUGACCAAAGAACGAAUUGUUGAGUCAAUGCUGCCACGACAAGUCAUCAAGAUUUCUGAUAAAACCCUACAGCCGGUUUAAGCUCAUU